AUGGUUGGCAUCGCCGGAGGCAUCCCCCACCCCAGCACUACUGAUAUCCGGCUAGGCGAUAUAGUGGUCAGUAAACCCACCGGCUCAACUGGCGGCGUCAUCCAGUACGACUACGGCAAAACACAGAUCAGUGGGCGUUUCCACCGCACAGGAUGUUUGAAUAAACCUCCCGCAGAGCUCCUGGCCGCCUUGGCGACACUAGAAUCCGAUCAUCUCCUUAGUCCCUCGAGUAUCCCCGUGCAUUUAGCACAAAUGCAAGCGCGAUUUCCGGUCUUGGUCUCCCCCGGUCCGCAGCUCGAUUUCCUCUUUAAUCCCUCGUAUCCGCAUGUUGGGCACAGCUCAGAGGAAUGCCGGUCCAGGUGCGACAACAGUUAUCUUGUUUCUCGGUCGCCUCGCAGCUCUCUCGCUCCACGGGUACAUUAUGGGCUAAUUGCAUCGGGGAACCAGGUAAUGCGUGAUGCAGUUACGAGAGAUAGUAUUGCGAGUCAGUUGGAUGAGGUGCUGUGUUUUGAGAUGGAGGCCGCUGGACUGAUGGAUCAAUUCCCUUGCUUGGUUGUGAGGGGGAUCUGUGACUAUGCAGAUUCUCAUAAGAGUAAACUUUGGCAGCCGUAUGGCGCUGCUACUGCUGCCGCAUAUGCGAAGGAGUUGCUUGGCGUAAUUCCUGUACAGCGGGUUGAGGAGGGGAGUGGCGCUGCCAACGGAGGAAGAAGGGCGGGUUCGAAGCAGGUAUGA